GCUGAGGCUAAAGUAUAAAUCAAAUCUAUUUCGUAGUGAACGCAAUCAGUGAAAUUCCGUUAUAACUUUUUCAAUUUUUGGUGUUAGCAUAGCCGGCCACGUGUUGUUUAGACUGAGUAUAAAUUAAAUUCAUAUAAUAGUAAAAAUAAUACAGUGGAAUUAUUAUUGCUUUUCUAUGGUUAGUGCUUCAAUGUUCAAAAGUCUUUACUUAAAUUAUAUAUUGUACAUUCUAAUGCCACCGAAAAAAUUUAACCUCAACAACGCGCUGAGCAGAGAAGUACGACGCAAAUGUGCUGAAAGAGCUCAUCAAUCGGCAGAACAAAUCGCAACAAGAAAUGCAGCUCAAAGUAUCAGGACAGCACAGGGUCGUGCACAGGAAUCUCAAGAACAGCAUGACGAACGUCUGCGACAGACUAUUACAAGAACCAGAGCGGCACGAGAACGAAACAUAGCUGCAGCACGAGUACAAGAACGACAGAGACAGCGGACCAGCCGCUCAUUAACACGUGCAUCAUUUGUUCGUAUUGCUUUCGAAUAUGCACCAGAAAUUAACUACUCUGCGCAUUCAAAAAUUGCUAUCGGUGCAAUAGAUAAAGUAUGUCAAUAUUGUCAGGCAAUGAAAUUUAAGAAUGAAUCACCUGGCAUGUGCUGCGCAUCAGGAAUUUUCAAAAUAAUAACAAUUAUUGAUAAAGAUUUAAAACUAUCUGCCCUACCUACCUUAUUUAUAAGUUUAAGUAUUACGUGUUACUUACUAACAACUUUGUAAUAUACUUAUUUGUUACUAACUUGAAUACAAAAAAUAAAAUUUUUU